CCCCAGGAAUGACGUGUCAAGCCCGGACUUCCUACGUGGAGGACGAGAUCCUGUGGGGCCACCGCUUUGAGCCCUGCAUGACGUUGGAGAAAGGCGCCUUCCGUGUAGAUUACACCCGCUUUGAGAAGACCUUCGAAGUCCAGACGCCAGUGAUUAGUGCACGAGAGAUGUAUGAACAGCGGGAGAUGGAAAACCAGGACCAGUCGACUCUCAGCUUGUACUGGGACCAUCUGCUGCACCCCUGUCUGUCAACAGACCUCAACAACGAUGGUCCCAGUGAGGAAGGCCUCUCCAAACUGGGCUUCUCCAACAUCACAGAAGAGGAGAGAAGCAGCGAAUACAAAAACCCAGAGGCCAGUGUUUAAGCAACCUCAGGCAUUCAGGGCUUCUCUUUCAACCAACAGGAACCAAGAAUAAAGCGAUGCCCUUCAGAUUCGCAGGAGGGUAUCUGCCAUUUUUUUCACAUCAUGUUGUGCUUGUUGCACUCCCAGGUGGAGCUGUAUGGAAAGAAGGCUGGUCCUGUUUCAGCAAGUCCUCAAACAUGUCCCCCUCUCCAGCCAUUGUUGACUUCAGGGGACUCUUCCCAUCAGCUCUCUCUGGGUUUGCCGAGUUAAGAUGAUGCCCUGAAAUAAAAUUGCACUACAGGACAGCUCUUGGGGCCGGAUCCCUUACAAAGAGCAACUUUGUGUUCCUGAAUCAGUGUCCGAUUGGGGGUUCUGGUUUCUGCAAGCAGAAGUUCAACGCUGAAUCUGUCCCUUUAAAAACAACCACCCAAAACCCUUUUGACUACAUUUAUUGGCAUAGCUAUCGCUGUCAAAGCUGGAUAGCUUGCAAGGGUUGACCGGAAUCUUUCUUUGCUUUGAGUUUAACUACUUUGGAAAAAGCUUUGCGUUGGGUGUUCUGGGGUCUGUCCAGUUCUCUGGCUCCCCCCUUUUCUAUGCCACAUGCAGUAGGUGCCUGGGCUGCAGGCAGCACCCCCAACUGCAGCUCCCUCCAGGCGCAAAUGCGAAAGUGUCUCAUCUUGUCACAGUGCCAUACAGAACUCUUUCUUGGUGGAUGUCUUGUCCUAUCCCUCCCUCAUUGCCCAUGUGCAUUUAGCUGGCCCCAUUUCUCUCCUUCUUUGCCUAACGGAAGCCUUUAGCUCCUGGACUCACCAGUCUUACAGUCCCUCUUUUGCUGUGGCUGCUGCUAAAUGGAAUUAUUUUUUACACAAAGCCACACACCCUUUUCCAACAAGGACACGGGGAGGGGAAACAGGAAAGCGAAUAAAGUUUAUUCUUUGAACAAGGA